AUGAAGAAGAGCUAUGAGCUGUUGAAGGGGAAGACCCGCAUGGGGUUCUCCAUAGUUCUUGUGUAUUUGGCUACAUGUGGAGUGAUCAAUGGGCUUUUCGGGUCGAUUGUAGUGCACGGAGGGGAUGAUUAUGGUGUUUUCACGAGGAUUGUGAUUGGUGGAUUUCUUGUUGGUGUGUUGGUGAAUGUGAAUCUGAUUGGGCUGCUGGUGCAGAGUGUGUUUUACUAUGUCUGCAAAAGCUAUCAUCAUCAGGGUAUUGAUAAGAGCGCGCUUUACAAUCAUCUGGGCGGGUACCUUGGGGAAUACGUGCCUCUCAAGAGCAGCAUUCAAAUGGAAAACUUGGAUGUCUGA